AUGGACCUUGCCGAUCGCAAGCGUGAAUUGGAGGUGUUGAGGGCGGACCGUAGUUGGCUCCUUCAUGUUGGUCUUAUGCGUAUAAUGGAAAAACUUCUUGAGCAUCCCGAGUUCACUGGUGGCAUUAGUCGUAUUCAUCAUGCUGCCUUUGUUGCGGGGGAAGAGUCAGGUUGGGCCAGCUUCAAAACUCAGGUUGAUGCUGGGACUUACGAUCCAUCGGCUAGCGACUCGCGGUCCAGUCAUACGUUGGCCUUGGAUGACGAUUUGUUAGCCUUCGCAACAGUGGACUUUGCUGAUUUGCUUGGGUUAGGUCACUUGGAUGUUGAUGGGGUCAAAUGA